UUGGGAAGAUGCCCCGACCGGAGCUGCCCCUGCCGCAGGGCUGGGAGCAGGCGCGCGACUUCGACGGCAAGGUCUACUACAUAGACCACACGAGCCGCACCACCAGCUGGAUCGACCCGCGGGACAGGUACACCAAACCGCUCACCUUCGCCGACUGCAUCAGUGACGAGCUGCCCCUAGGAUGGGAGGAGGCGUACGACCCUCAGGUUGGAGACUACUUCAUUGACCACAACACCCAAACCACUCAGAUCGAGGACCCCCGGGUGCAAUGGCGGCGGGAGCAGGAGCACAUGCUGAAGGAUUACCUGGUGGUGGCCCAGGAGGCCCUGAGUGCACAGAAGGAGAUCUACCAGGUGAAGCAGCAGCGCCUGGAGCUCGCGCAGCAGGAGUACCAGCAGCUGCACGCCGUCUGGGAGCACAAGCUGGGCUCCCAGGUCAGCUUGGUGUCCGGUUCGUCGUCCAGCUCCAAGUACGACCCUGAGAUCCUGAAAGCGGAAAUCGCCACAGCGAAAUCCAGGGUCAACAAGCUGAAGAGGGAGAUGGUUCACCUCCAGCAGGAGCUGCAGUUCAAAGAGCAUGGCUUUCAGACCCUGAAGAAAAUCGAUAAGAAGAUGUCGGAUGCGCAGGGCAGCUACAAACUGGACGAAGCUCAGGCUGUCUUGAGAGAAACGAAGGCCAUCAAGAAGGCCAUCACCUGUGGAGAGAAGGAAAAGCAAGAUCUCAUUAAGAGCCUUGCGAUGCUGAAGGAUGGCUUCCGGACCGACGGGGGGUCCCACUCCGACCUGUGGUCCAGCAGCAGCUCUCUGGAGGGUCCCGGCUUCCUGCUGCCGAAACAGUUCCUGGACGUGAGCUCCCAGACAGACAUCUCGGGAAGUUUCGGCCCCAGCAGCAACAAUCAGUUGGCAGAGAAGGUCAGACUGCGCCUUCGAUACGAAGAGGCUAAGAGGAGGAUCGCCAACCUGAAGAUCCAGCUGGCCAAGCUGGACAGUGAGGCCUGGCCCGGAGUGCUGGACUCAGAGAGGGACCGGCUGAUCCUCAUCAAUGAGAAGGAGGAGCUGCUGAAGGAGAUGCGCUUCAUCAGCCCCCGGAAGUGGACCCAGGGGGAGGUGGAGCAGCUGGAGAUGGCCCGGAAGCGGCUGGAGAAGGACCUGCAGGCAGCCCGGGACACCCAGAGCAAGGCCCUGACGGAGAGGCUAAAGUUAAACAGUAAGAGGAACCAGCUGGUGAGAGAACUGGAGGAAGCCACCCGGCAGGUGGCAGCUCUGCAUUCCCAGCUGAAGAGCCUCUCGAGCAGCAUGCAGUCCCUGUCCUCGGGCAGCAGCCCUGGGUCCCUCGCGUCCAGCCGGGGCUCCCUGGCCGCCUCCAGCCUGGACUCCUCCACCUCCGCCAGCUUCACUGACCUCUACUAUGACCCCUUCGAGCCACUGGACUCAGACCUGCAGAGCAAGGUGGAGUUCCUGCUGCAGGACGGGGCCACGGGCUUCCGGCCCUCGGGGUGCAUCACCACCAUCCACGAGGACGAGGUGGCCAAGACCCAGAAGGCAGAGGGGUGUGGCCGCCUGCAGCCCCUGCGCUCCCUGUCUGGCACCCCGAAGUCCAUGACCUCUCUGUCCCCCCGCUCCUCCCUGUCCUCCCUCUCCCCGCCCUGCUCCCCGCUCAUCGAUGACCCCCUCCUGGCUGGAGAUGCCUUCCUGAGCCCCCUGGAGUUCGAAGAGCCGGAGCUGAGCGCCACUCUUCGCGAACUGAGCCUGGGCGGCAGCAGCCGGGAGAGGUACCAGCUGGAGGAUCCAGGAGCGGAGGCCAAGCAGUUGGGCCAAGCUGUGAAUGCGGCCCAGGGGUGUGGCCUCAAAGCGGCCUGUGUCUCGGCUGCGGUGUCGGAUGAAUCCGUGGCCGGGGACAGUGGUGUGUACGAGGCUUCAGUGCAGAGACUCGGUGCUUCGGAAGCCCCUGCGUUCGACGCUGACGAAUCAGAAGCAGUGGGAGCAACCCGGGUUCAGAUUGCCCUGAAGUAUGACGAGAAGAAUAAGCAAUUUGCAAUAUUAAUCAUCCAGCUGAGCAACCUUUCUGCCCUGUUGCUGCAACAAGACCAGAAAGUCAACAUCCGUGUGGCCGUCCUCCCCUGCUCCGAAAGCACCACCUGCUUGUUCCGGACGCGGCCCCUGGACGCCUCGGACACCCUCAUAUUCAACGAGGUGUUCUGGGUGUCCAUGGCCUACCCAGCCCUUCACCAGAAGACCUUAAGAGUCGACGUCUGUACCACCGACCAGAGCCAUCUGGAGGAUUGCCUGGUGAGGGCCCUGUCUGUCUGUCCAUCCGUCCCACCUUCUGUCCUCCUGGCACUGCAGGAAGAAGAGAUGGGAGGCGCCCAGAUCAGCCUGGCUGAGGUCUGCCGGUCUGGGGAGAGGUCGACUCGCUGGUACAACCUCCUGAGCUACAAAUACUUGAAGAAACAGAGCAGGGAGCCCAAGCCAGGGGGAGCCAAGGCCCCCGCCCCAGGGCCGGAAAGCACGGACGCCGUGUCUGCUCUGCUGGAACAGACCGCCGUGGAGCUGGAGAAGAGGCAGGAGGGAGGGAGCAGCACCCAGACCCCGGGAGACAGCUGGAGGUUCGAGGAGGAGACCAGUGACAACGAGGCUGCUGCGGAGGAGGAAGAGGAGGGAGAGGAGGACGUUUUCGCUGAGAAGCCCUCCCUGGAUAUGGAGGAGUGCUCAGCAUUAAAGGUGGACAAAGAGACCAACACGGAGACCCCCGCCCCAUCCCCCACGGUGGUGCGGCCCAAGGACCGGCGGGUGGGCACGCCGUCCCCGGCGCCGUUUCUCCGGGGAAGCACCAUCAUCCGCUCCAAGACCUUCUCCCCCGGACCGCAGAGCCAGUACGUGUGCCGGCUGAAUCGGAGUGACAGUGACAGCUCCACGCUGUCUAAGAAGCCGCCUUUUGUUCGAAACUCCCUGGAGCGCCGCAGCGUCCGGAUGAAGCGGCCUUCUUCCUUCAAAUGCCCACGCAACGAGCGCCUGAUACGCACCUCGCUGGACCUUGAGUUAGACCUGCAGGCCACCAGGACCUGGCACAGCCAGCUGACUCAGGAGAUUUCGGUGCUAAAGGAGCUCAAGCAGCAGCUCGAACAAGCCAAGAGCCACGGGGAAAAGGAGCUGCCGCAGUGGCUGCGCGAGGACGAGCGCUUCCGCCUGCUGCUGAGGAUGCUAGAGAAGCAGGUGGACCGAGCAGAGCGCCAGGGCGAGCUGCAGACAGACAAGAUGAUGAGGGCGGCUGCCAAGGACGUGCACAGGCUUCGAGGCCAGAGCUGUAAGGAGCCCCCAGAGGUGCAGUCUUUCAGGGAGAAGAUGGCGUUUUUCACCCGGCCUCGGCUGAACAUCCCAACCCUCUCUGCGGACGACGUCUGAUCGCCAGAAAAGUAUUUCCUUGGUUUCACUGGCCACGCUGUGAACAUAGACUGUGGCUGAAGUUAUUUAUGUGGUGUUAUAUGAAGGUACCGAGUCACAAGUCCUCUAGCGCUCCUGUAGGUUUGAAGAUGAAGAUUUUUUUUUUCUAGUUUGGAUUCUAUUAUUAUUCAGAGGGGGAAAAAUACAAAAACAAAACCAGCAUUAAAAUGUCAAGAUUGUAUAGUUUGUAUAUUUAGGAAUGUAUUUUUGAGAAAGAAAAUUUAAAUGAACUACAGCGGCUUUCAGUUGCUGCUCUUCUUAAAAUAAAAUUGUUUAGAUUUUUUUUUUUUGGUACAGCUCUGCCUUCUAGAGGUUUCACUGCAAUAAGUAAGGAGUAUUUUGGGGACGGCAAUCCUAAAAGGAUGUCCUGCAGAUAACCACAGCACAGCUGACCUUUCCUACUUAACCUAUUUUGUACAAUAUUUUAAAAAUGCACAGCCACUGUCGGGGGGACCCUGGGGGGCCACUGUCUGGGAAUCUUCACGAGCUGUGAUGUGUGUUUACGUGGCCGCCUCAGGUGGUGCGGGCAGCGGGGAGCUGGCCACAGGCCUGCCCGCGCCGGUCUCAGACGCCCAGUGAAGCCACUGAAGGGAGUGAGGGAGGGCUGCGGAGAACUUUGCGUUUCGUCUCCAUCAAUAAAGUGGCCUUUCUGAAUGAA